AUGUCGCGCCGCAACUAUGCCCCGGCCGCCCGCGGAGGCAACGGGCCGCGGCCCAACAUGAACCCGGCCAACAUGGGCCCGCCGCCGCAGAUGCCGCCGCCGCAGCAUGGCUCGGGCCGCAACCUGCGCGCGCCGCCGCCGCGCCAGGUGCAGCAGCAAGGGUCGUUCGAUCGUGACAGCGACGACGACAUGUAUGGGCAGCACGGCGCCAACGGCGUCCUCGGCGUGCCUGUCUGGCAAGACUCGGCUGCGUACGAGCACGGCUCGUACCUCCAGGAGAACACGCCGCCGUCCCAGCGGAUUCCAUACCCGGGGCCGCAAGGAGGCGGCAUGAUGCCACCGCCCGGCGGGAUGAUGCCACCACCACAGCAGUUUGCACCCGCGCCCGUGCGCAUGCUCAACGCUGGCGCGUUGCAGAACCAAUCGAACCAGCAGAUGCAGGUGAUGCGGGACAGCAACGUGGGCCAAGCCGUGCCAGCGUCGACACCCGAAGCCUUCCGCAUCAUCGCGUCGGGUGUCACGGCCGAAGCCGAAGCUCGGUACCAAAGCGCGGUCAACGACUUUCUGGCGGGUGGCGAGAUGCUUGCCCUCGUCUCAGAGCGCGAAGCCGACCCGCACAUUCGGUCGCUCCUCAACACCAAGGCGAUUCAAGUCCUCGAGUGGUCCAAGAACCUCCACGAUUGGUACCAGCAGGGCAUGCGCGGGCCCAUGCCGCGACGGUUUGUUGGCAAGAUCGGCGUCAACGUCGUCAACCGCCUCGGGGCGUGCGCCGGGCGGAUUGACGCGGGGUCGCCGUCCGAGCUCCGCACCAUGUACUACACGCCGGCCGCCAACAAAGUCGUGUCCGACUUUACCAAAGAUGGGUACCGGCUGCAGUGCAUCGAAGAAGGCCGGACGCCGCAGCUCAUGGUCGUCAUCACCAUGUACAACGAAGACCAAGUCGAAAUGUACUCGACGCUCAAGAAGGUCGCCAACAACAUUGCGCACAUCAAGUCGCAAAAGCUGCCGGGCUACGAGGGCGACGACGCGUGGAAGAACAUCCUUGUCGUCAUCGUCUCGGACGGCCGGACGAAAGCCAACAAGGGCACACUCGCCUUCCUCCGGGACGUUGGCGCGUUCGAUGAAGACGUCAUGAACAUCCUCAUGGUCGGCGUCGACGUCAUGUGCCACGUGUUUGAGUUUUGCGUCCAGCUCAAGAAGGCCAAUACGAUCGAGGCGUCGGCGAGCAGCUCGGAGCGGUAUCCGCCGACGCAGGUCGUCUUUGCGCUCAAGGAGCACAACGGCGGGAAGCUCAACUCGCACGAGUGGUACUUCAACGCGUUCGCGGAGCAGAUCCAGCCCGAGUACACGGUGCUUCUGGACGUCGGGACCAUGCCGACCGCGAAGGCCUUCUACCUCCUCCUCUGCGCGAUGGAGAUUGACCCGCAGAUUGGCGGGACGUGCGGAGAGAUUGCCGUCGACAAGCCGAUCCCGCACCUCUGCAACUGGGUCAUUGCGGCGCAGCAUUUCGAGUACAAGAUCUCCAACGUCAUGGACAAGUCGCUCGAGUCCGUCUUUGGCUUCAUCUCGGUGCUACCGGGGGCGUUCUCGGCGUACCGGUACAAGGCCAUUCGUGGCGCGCCGCUCGAAGCGUACUUCAAGAGCCUCACAACGCCGAUGAACGAGCUCGGGCCGUUCCAAGGCAACAUGUACCUCGCCGAAGAUCGCAUCUUGUGUUUCGAGCUCCUCGCGCGUCGCAACUGCCGCUGGACGAUGCAGUACGUCAAGGACGCGAUCGCGCGCACGGACGUGCCAACAGACCUGGUCGCGCUCAUCGGGCAGCGCCGCCGCUGGCUCAACGGGUCGUUUUUCGCGCUGGUGUACACGAUUCUGAACUGGGGCCGCGUUUACACCGAGUCGAACCACUCGUACAUCCGCAAGUUCUUUCUCUGCAUCCAGUACGCCUACAUGACGGCCAACGUCGCGCUCUCGUGGGUCCUUCCGGCCAACUUUUUCCUCGUCACGUACUUUCUCGUCAUUGUCGGCUUCAAGCAAAACAACUGGGGGUACAUUCCGACGUCGGGCAUUCCCGAGAACACCAAGGACAUUAUUGUCCAAGUGUUUUCGCUGCUGUACGGCACGUCGUUUCUGAUUCAGCUUGUCGCAGGUCUCGGCAACAAGCCCAAGCACAUCAAAGGCGUGUACCGCUUGACGGCGGUCUUUUACGCACUCGUGAUGCUGCUCACGUCGGUGAUCGCCUUUGGUUUAUCAUGAAGCCGUGGAUCGACAGUCUUCGUUCCGGCGUCCCGUUUGCUGCGAUGGUGACGAGCUUCGAGAUCAAGGACAUUGCCGCCUUUGUCGCGUCCGUCGGCGUCUUCUUCCUCGCGUCGUGCUUGCACUGCGAGAUGCACCACAUCGCCAUGUCGUUCAUCCAGUACAUGUGCCUUCUCCCAACCUUUGUCAACAUCCUCAACACGUACUCGUUCUGCAACUUGCACGACUUGAGCUGGGGCACGAAAGGCCUCGAGAGCUCGGACGGCCACGGCCCCAAGGCGGGCGGCGGUGGCAACUACAAGGACGCGGCCGAGGCCAAGAAGGCCGAGGAAGCGCGCAAGAAGAAAGAGGGCGAGAUCAAGGACAAGAUGGAAGGCGACUUUCAGUACUUCCGGUCCAAGCUGCUCAUUUUCUGGCUCCUCUCGCAGAUGGGCUUUGCGUACCUCAUCAUCUCGUUCGACUCGGUGAACGGGCAAGAGGGCGCCAACUACCUCAAGUUUCUCUUCUACAUCGUCGCGGGCUUUAACCUCUUUCGGCUCUUUGGCUCGACGUACUUUUUGCUCAUCGAAGCGCGCAUUUGCGUCGAAAAGAUGUGCAUUCGCGGCACCAUGCGCGACCGCCUCAAGGCCAAGAAGAAGAAGCAGGCGAUCCGCGCGGCGCAGACGCAGCACGUCUAGCACCUACCUCUAUGUCCUUUUGCUGCGUUGAUGGAUGCCCUGUUUAAAUACCAUGUGCCG